UCUGUUCUGCCGUGCGGCGAGGAAGCCAUUGUAAGAUCGGAGGUUGUGUUGUUAGAUGACUGUGGGGUUUGUGUUGGUUAGUUCCCUUGUUUUCUUGAUGGUGUUUGAUUUGCCAGGUGAGAAGGAAUUCGGAAAACAAUGGCCUCGAUGGGUGGGGACCCAAGGCAGAUGAUGGAGGAUGCGGCGGAGGACAAGUUCCCGGAGGGGUUACGCGUCCUCGCCGUGGACGACGACAGCGUCUGCCUCAAGGUGCUGGAGGACCUCUUGCGCGGGUGCAAAUACCACCCAACGACGGUGAUGGAUGCAAAGACGGCGCUGAAGAUGCUCAGGGCGGGGAAGGAGGUGUUCGACCUGGUCAUCACCGACGUGCGCAUGCCGGACAUGGACGGCUUCAAGCUCCUCGAGCUCAUCCGCCUCGAGAUGGAUCUGCCCGUCAUCAUGCUAUCUGCAGAUUGCGACAAGAAGGCUGUGAUGAAGGGGAUAAAUCAUGGGGCGUGUGACUAUUUGGUGAAGCCAGUGCAUACAAACGAGCUAAAAAACAUAUGGCAGCAUGUUGAAAGCAGGAGAAAUACAGAAGCAAUAAGCCACAUCAGCGGGGAUGAUGAUGACGAUCAGAGAGCACAGCUUGGGACUGUUGCCCAGAGCAAUGAUGGAGCUAAUACUGACGAGAACAAAGAGAGCACACAUGCAUCCACUACCCAAAAGAAGCCAAGAGUGGGAUGGACAAUUGAGCUGCACACAAAGUUUAUGGAUGUUAUCAACCAGAUCGGCCUUUAUAGGGCUACUCCAAAAAGGAUUCUGGAGCUGAUGAAUGUGGAUUACCUCACUAGACAAAAUGUAUCGAGUCAUCUACAGAAGUAUAAAUUGUACUUGAAAAGAGUCAACCCAAAUCCACUUGGUGAUGCAUGUGUAAGAUGGAACUCUUUCAUGAACACUCCAGAGAGUUUUAUGCAUAACCAUGAACAUGAAAGGUGGGUUGUAUCCUCAGGUGGCAUCGCCUCCUGGAGUCCCAACAAUUACGGGGCAGCAAGUCACUUAGGCCAGCAUACAAACACCCAAAGCAGUAUGUGCAUGACUUAUUUGGUUCCAUAGAUACCCAAUAUGAGAAGAUUUUCUGGCUUCAAUGAGCAUAUAGUUCCAUUCAACAUGCCUAGCAAUCCAAGCUCUAUAGGGAUGUUGAAUGCAAACAACAGUGUUCCAAUGGCACUACCUCAGUUCGUUUACAGCGACCCCAUCACUACAUUAGUGGCAGGCUUAAGUGAGCAGAUGGCGUCGUUCAACAUAGCAAGCGACACUGGCUCGGUUGGAAUGAUGUUAAAUGGCAAGUCUGCACCGGGUAUAGGAAGAACUUCAGUGGCAGAGACUGAUAUGGUUAACUACGAAAGAACUAGUUCUGCACUUUCCAACCAUCAGACAAAUGGUUUCGUCGCAUUGACCCAGAUGCAUGAUGUCGGUGAUGCAUCUGGCAUUCUCCAUGUGCAAGAAGGAACAAUGGAUCAACAAGCGCUUAGUGGUCAACUGAAUGGCAUCAAUGCCUUGUCAUCGGGUGGUAUUUCCAGUCUUCUCAAUGAAGAUUUCAUUAGAGAGGAUGCUGUCAUGGAUGGGUAGUGACACUUAUGUUGGUUAACCCAGCCUACACGCGAGAUCGUUUUCUCUUGUGUGUUGGGCACUUUUUAAUUGGUCAUUCAUUUGUUCUUGCACACUGUACCAUGAAACUAUCUGAAUUAUUGUAGUUAGAAGUACAGUCGUGUUGGGGCUUCUAUUCUACUCUGGCUUUUUUUAAGUCUCUACUAUCUUUUGAGAUCAAAAAAUGUUCGGUUGUGUUAUUUCUGAUGUAACCAUUUUUUGUUCUAUAUAUUAUCAAUGUGGUGUUUGCAUCUUUUCCCGAAA